UCCGGUAGCAGACCCUAUACUUAGCCACGAGGCAGAAUCCGAGAUAUCGAUACAAAUCAGCAACAAGUAGCUCCGCAAGCUCUCAAAGGACUUGCAUUUCGUGCGUGGGCUUUGGUUGUGAUCUCUACGUUCUUUUCCUACCAAAUCUUAUGCAAUGGUUCCCUCAAUUGAUGAAGUCGAAGAAUACUUUCAGUCUCUCGAACGCUUUCUGACAGAUUCUCUGGUGGUCGCCUCGCCUGCUCUUCCAAACAUUCGAGAAGCCGUUCACCGUCUUUGGGUUGAUAUCUCUCGCUUUGGGCCACCUGGUCUUUCCUCAUUCCCUGACAUCCAUGUCCCCGGUCUUGGGGCAUUUGAAGUUCCUCCACCCCCGCCUCCGCCUCCACCCCCGAGGACUCUCGUAGAGAAGGCUGGUGAUUGGAUCAUGGAAAAUCCAUGGAAGAGCUCUAGCAUAGCAGUAACAGCUCUUGUUGGAGCUGGCCUACUUGCUGGCUACACUACCUUCCAUAUGACGCACGCCCAUAAGAGAAGAGUUCGGUCCACUACUGUCACUCCCGAGAAACGGCAGGUUGUCGUCGUGUUGGGUGGUGAUCACCCACUUGGCCUCCCUCUUAUCAUUGAACUUGAGCAGAAGGGAUACAUCGUUAUCACUAGCGUCUCCACACCGGAAGCUGUUAGUAGCAUUGAAAGCAAAGGACAUGGUUAUGUCCGAGCUCUUGUCCUUGACCCUAAUGAGCCUGGCACCAUCCCAAUCUUCCUUCGGUCGCUCGCAUCUACUUUAUCCAGACGGUUCCCAAUUACAGCCGCUGGUGACCCAUAUGCAACCACCCCUUAUCAUCCCCUUCUGCAUUCCAUAAUAUCUCUACUCACACUGCCGGUUCCAUCCAUUCAUACAGUACCAACCCCCAUUGAACAGCUAUCUUUACGAAGUACAUAUCUUCCGCAUCUUCUCUCCACGCACUUUGCUCCUCUCCAGGCACUUCAAGCACUCCUACCAUUACUCCGCUCGGAUGCCCAGCGCGCGUACGGACGCAAGUCCAUCAUUGUGUGUCUCCCUGCUGCUGAUGCACGUGUUGGACUUCCUUUCGGUGGAGUCAGUGCCAUGAGCGCAGCGGCCACUCUUCGUGCGUUGGACGUGUUACGCCGUGAGGUUGCUGUUGGACAAGGCAUGAGCUCCAUCCGUAUCGUUGCUGUUGAUGUAGGUGUCGUUGGCGAAACCCCCGUUUCCAGCCUUGAAAAUUCACACGCAAUGGACGACUGGACUCCCUCAGAGAAAGCAACAUACGGUCAAGCAUUCGCUGCGCUCGGAGAAACUAGCAUGGGACAGUCUCGCAGACCGGAGGACAUUUCUGUCCUGGUAAAUAACAUAGUUGGUGUCGUCAGUGCCGGAACAAAAACCAAGAUGGCGAGUAAAACGAUCUGCGGUAUCCGCGUUGGUUUUGGGUAUGAGAAGAUUAGAGAUUGGAUUCGUGGCGACCGAUUUGCUGUUGGUGCCGGUGCAGGGACAUACACGUUUGCGUCACUCCUCCCUGGCAUGUUGCUAGAUGGAUUGCUGAGUCUACCUCACAUAUUGGUUGGUGUUCGUAAUCGGCUCUUGCCUGUGCCUCCUGCACAGCCACGCACAGUCCCAAAGGUGGCUUGUAACAUUCCCUCUUCUACCGCGGUUUCUGUAGUUCUUCCAUCAACUUCCUUGACAGUGAGCAGAACACACUCUGCUUCACGUCCGUCACCUCCAGAGACAGCUGCACCUGCGCUCGAGACUGAGAAUCUUUCCGAGCCUGAAGAUAUAAGUGAACUUGGAACAAGCUCGGAGGUUGAUUUCGAGAGUAAUUCUGGGUAUGGUGAUGCAUCUACAGUGGAAAGUAGCUGGGUGAGCUUGGGAUCUCGUGGGCCCAUUGAUGAGGUUUAGGUCUCGCAAAAGGCUGACUGCUUUGCGUGU